AUGCAAAAUGCGCGCUCCGCUCCCGUGACACUUUUCACGGCUGCUAAAGCUAAACUAAAGAAGCCCGCCAAUCGAUUAAGACCACUCUCCACCUUUCACUGUUUGCACGGUAAAAAGCAUUCUAAAAGCAGUCUUAAGAGUCCAGAAGAUACACCUGGUAUAGGUUGGGAUACCAGUAAAAGUCUUAUUUUUCCACCGAAAGCUUAA